GCCGCCGCGCGCCUGCCUCCGAGAGGCGAGAUCUAGCGCGGCCAGAGCGCGAUCCUUCCGCCGCUGGAGCACCAGCAGCAGUAGCAGCAGCGGAAACGAGUCCCUACCCCCACCCCUCCUCCUCCUCCUCCCCCCUUGCCCCCCCAGCAAGGCGGCGGCGGGGCUGCUGCAGCAGCAGGAUUGCGGCCAGCUGAGAGGGGCUGCUGGCCAGGCCCCCCGCGCCCAAAUCCACCAUGAGCGAACUGGAGCAGUUGAGGCAGGAGGCGGAACAGCUGCGGAACCAGAUCAGGGACGCCAGGAAAGCAUGUGGGGACUCCACACUGACCCAGAUCACAGCUGGCCUCGAUCCGGUGGGCCGGAUCCAGAUGCGGACGAGGCGCACAUUACGGGGUCACCUGGCGAAGAUCUACGCCAUGCACUGGGGGACAGACUCCAGGCUGCUGGUUAGUGCCUCCCAAGACGGGAAACUGAUCAUUUGGGACAGCUACACCACAAACAAGGUCCACGCCAUCCCUCUGAGAUCGUCGUGGGUGAUGACUUGUGCCUACGCCCCUUCUGGGAAUUACGUGGCCUGUGGCGGCCUGGACAACAUCUGCUCCAUCUACAGCCUCAAGACCCGGGAAGGGAACGUGCGGGUCAGCCGGGAACUCCCUGGACACACAGGCUACCUCUCCUGCUGCCGGUUCCUCAACGACAACCAGAUCAUCACCAGCUCCGGAGACACAACUUGCGCCCUGUGGGACAUUGAGACAGGCCAGCAGACCACCGCCUUCACGGGCCACAGCGGGGACGUCAUGUCGCUGUCUCUGGCCCCCGACAUGCGGACCUUCGUCUCGGGCGCCUGCGAUGCCUCCAUCAAGCUGUGGGACAUUCGGGACAGCAUGUGCCGGCAGACUUUCACGGGGCACGAGUCCGACAUCAACGCCGUCUGCUUCUUCCCCAACGGGAACGCCUUCACCACGGGCUCGGACGACGCCACCUGCCGCCUCUUUGACCUGCGGGCCGACCAGGAGCUCAUGAUGUACUCCCACGACAACAUCAUCUGCGGCAUCACGUCCGUGGCCUUUUCCCGGAGCGGGCGCCUCCUCCUGGCCGGCUACGACGACUUCAACUGCAACAUCUGGGACUCCAUGAAGGGUGACCGGGCGGGGGUCCUCGCCGGCCACGACAACCGCGUCAGCUGCCUGGGCGUGACGGACGAUGGGAUGGCCAUCGCCACCGGCUCGUGGGACAGCUUCUUGAAAGUGUGGAACUGAGCCCCCUUGCUCUGCCUUCGGGGGUACGGUGUGGGGAGGUAGAGAAGCAGGAGGAAAAGCCCUUGACAUCCCCCCUUCCCCCCCAAAUAAUCCAGCCUCUGCCCCCCCUCCUGCCGCCUUGAAGGGGGCCCUGUGGCCUUGAACCCCACAAACACUUCCCCCCCUUUUCUUUUUGCCGUCCCUUUUAUUUUUCCCCUGCCCCCUUUUUCAAAUAACGAUGAUGUCCCGACCGGGCCAGAUUUCCGGCACGGAGGAGGAAGAGGCUGAUUUCUCUAGCAGUAACACACUUUUUUUGGAGGGGGGGGGCUGUCUAGGCCGCGCUUGUCUCUCCUGUAGAAAGGAGCAGAGCACAGGGGAGCUUGAGUUCAGUUUAAAUGAAGGGGUGGGGGGGCUUAUCCUUGGGGUUGAAGGGGUCCAAGGUGUGUCUUCUUGCACCUUUCCCCUCCUCCUCCCAAGAAGCAAAAUUGGGGGGGGGGAGGGAGAAAAAGAGCCAAGGCCACAGCAGUCUCCGGGCCUUCCAGCAGCGGACAUGUCUUUUUGCAGGGGAAGGAAAUUGGGGGGGCGGGCGGGGGGAGGCAGAGAGACUCCUAAUUCUUCCCCUCUCUCUCUCAAGCCCAAGAGAUAAUCCCCUUCACUCGCAAGCAGGGGAGGCCCCGAUCCGAGGCAGGCCCAAAUCUGCAACCUUUCGUGUCCUCUCUUGUUUCCCUCACUUCCCCCCCCCCUUUUCAACCUCCUCCUUCCCGGUGGUGCUUUCGAUGACUUCGUGGCAGCCGUGGCCUUGUUUCCUCCUAAUCCGUGGCUGGUUUUUGUAAAAAAGAGGAGGAGGAGCGUGGCGGUGCUGGGGGAGCCCACGCCCCGGCCGUGGUGGGGGGGUCCGUGUGUAAACCUGUAAACAACAGAAAACCCAACAACGACGUGUCUGCCGUUU